CACUUCCGUCACAGCUUUGAGUUUUUCGAGCAAAGAUGGCGACGGCGCAGCUAACGGACGAUGAGCUUUUCUCUGAGUUAAAGAGCUUUGGAUUCAUUCCAGGCCCGGUUUGCGAGAACACGAGACCGGUUUAUUUGAAAAAACUAAAGAAACUACGUGAGGAACAACAACAGAAAGGAACCAGGGCGGGGAAAAACCGAAACAGUGGCAGCAUCAUCAACAACAGUAGCGGCGGUGGCAACGGCAGCUACACAGCGGCGGGAGCUUCGGGAUUCGGAGCCAGGCCAGCUAGCCGUGACGUCAAGCACCUGAGCCCUAGCAGUCGGAGCCCCGGUGGUCGACCGGUCCUGGACGAAAAGCGAACUGCUGGAGCGGGGAAGUUCGUAUUGGGCUUUAGCUCGGACGAAUCGGACGUGGACGACCCGAAGAAAAAACGAGGAGCGAACCACAGCGGUAGGAGAGACCGAGGCUCCGCGUACCAACAACAACAGCAGAUCAGGCCUACAACGGGAGCUGCCUCCGCCACUCGAAAGAGCCUGGGAGUCGCUGUGAGUACCAGCAGCAACAACUCCUCUCCCACUGGGCUACUGGAGGAGAGGAGAAGCGGACCCGGUACUCUCGGCUGGGUGGACCGGGGAAAAUCGAGCCUCGAGGUCUCGCGGGCCGCGGAAGUGAAGGGUUACGACGAAGAGCCCGAAGAGGAAGGCGAUUUUCAGGGGGAGACGGAGAGAGACAGUCGGUCUCUGAAUGGGAACAGGGCGUCUUACUCACUGAACACCAGUAGUAAGCUAGUCGGGGAUUACUCGGAUUCGGAAGAGGAGGAAGAGGAAGAAGGGGGGAUAAUAUAUGGGCAGGACCGUCAACGAGACCGGCGUUUACAGCAACACUACUCCAGACGGAGUCACUCCUCCAAGCCGUCUCCCCACAGAAGUGCCAGGGGGUCAGAGAGCGGUCAGGAAACGACUUUAGGCAUGGAAAGCAAGCAAAAUGACACGCCUGGCGCUAGUAGGAGUCGACUAGACAUGAUGGGAGGCCGGGAGGAGGAUGAAGAGGAAGAGGGAAAGAAGCGAGGCCCCGGCGAAUCGUCCCUGAGCGGGAGCUUGCUGCGACGCCAUUACCCCAGGGGGGCCAUCUACGUGUCGGCUGUGACGGGGGAGAGCGACCGCGGCAGCCCCGGGGAGAGCAGCGGCAACAAUUCCCCGUCCUCCGCCUACAACAAAAACCACAUCGACAGCGGGGAUGACGCCACUAGCAGCAGCAGGAGCCGAUUCAGCAUCGGCCUGAGACCGCGAUUCUCCAACUACAACAGUCUAUCCGCUACUUACCGAUCCAACCAUUCAAAUCAUAGCGGUCCCAACCAUGCCUACAGCCAGGCGAGUCUCAAGCAGAAGCACACGGUGCCGGAGGAUGAGCUGCUCCAGCAAUUCAAGCGGGAGGAGGUGGGGUCGUCCACCGGUGGUUGGGGGUUCAGCGCCCACUACCUGUCCAUGUUCUUGCUCAUGGCCGCCUGCCUGUUCUUCCUCCUGCUCGGCCUCAUGUAUCUCCGGAUGAGGGGGUCUGGAGCCUCUGAGGUCGAUGUUGUCAUUAAGAACCACCCGUUUGGCAGCGAGUUUGACAGUUCUUAUAACAAGACGGAGAAAGACACCAUUCUGAAACUGCUGCUCAACCUUCACGACCACCUGGCUCAUAUUGCUGGCCAACAUGACUGUACAGACCCGGAGCAGCAGCAGGCCAACAGGAGUCUGUCUCUGAAGGAGGCCUCUGACUAUCUGGCGCAGCAGAAUGAACAGUAUCGUGACUGGGUUCUCCUCUCUCUGGAGUGGAUCAUACGGACAGGGGAGGAUGUUGGCAUACGGCUGAUCGGGGAUAACCCAGAGGAGACAGUAGCGGAGGUGAGUGAGGUGACUCGUCUGGAGUCGACCCACCCCAAGAUGUCCUUCUCCUGCCGCUUCAGAAGAGCCUUCUUUACAGUCAUCCACAGGGUGCUGCUAAUCCUAUCAGUGAUUGGUCUGGUGUGGGGUGUAUUCUACUAUAUGAAGUAUCGUUGGAGGAGAGAGGAGGAGGAGACCAGGCAGAUGUAUGACAUGGUGGAGAGAAUCAUCGGUGCUCUGAGGAUCCACAAUGCAUCGUGUCAGGAGAACAAUGACCUCCAGCCCUACCUGCCCAUCCCUCACGUCAGAGACUCCCUGGUCCAACCCCAGGACAGAAAGAAGCUGAAGAAGGUUUGGGACCGGGCCGUGACGUUCCUCUCAGCCAAUGAGAGCCGUAUCAGGACAGAGUCUCAGCGGAUUGGCGGAGCUGACUUCCUGGUGUGGAGGUGGCUCCAGCCCUCUCUGAGCUGCGACCAGAUCUCACUCAUCCCCUCCAAAGUCUGGCAGGGCAAAGCGUUCCCUCUGGACAGGAGGAACUCUCCUCCCAACAGUUUAACACCCUGUCUGAAGAUCAGAAACAUGUUUGAUCCAGUCAUGGAGGUUGGUGAAAACUGGCAUCUGGCCAUCCACGAGGCCAUCUUGGAGAAGUGUUGUGACAACGACGGUAUCGUCCACAUCGCUGUCGACAAGAACUCCAGAGAGGGCUGUGUCUAUGUGAAGUGUCUGUCAGCAGAACACUCGGGGAAAGCCUUCAAGGCGCUACAUGGCUCCUGGUUCGAUGGUAAGCUGGUGACGGUGAAGUACCUGCGUCUGGACCGCUACCACCAGCGUUUUCCUCAGGCCCAGGGCUGUAGCACCUCCCUGAAGCCCUCUAACACCUACAUGAACACCGUGUCCAGACUACGUCACCACACCAGCCCUGAUAGCAGCUCUAACUCUCUAGGCUUCUCCUGAGGGGGGAGGCAGAUUACCCCAGCCUCCUCUCUCUCCCUCACAGAUACUACCGCUACCAACCCAACCAGCUCCUUCUUACCCCUGUGUCACGGUCUCACCUCAACACAGGCCCCCUUCCUUCAGUCUCCCCUUAACAAGCCUCUACUGGAGGUGAUGGCAGCUUGGUGAACCGUCUGUCUCGACUCACAGGGCUGGGUGAACCGUCUGUCCGACUCACAGGGCUGGGUGAACCGUCUGUCUCGACUCACAGGGCUGGGUGAACCGUCUGUCUCGACUCACAGGGCUGGGUGGAACGUCUGUCUCCACUCACAGGGCUGGGUGGAACGUCUGUCUCAACUCACAGGGCUGGGUGAACCGUCUGUCUCGACUCACAGGGCUGGGUGGAACGUCUGUCUUGACUCACAGGCCUGGGUGGAACUGUCUGUCUCGACUCACAGGGCUGGGUGAACCGUCUCAACAAACAGGGCUUUUUUUUCUCUUUUAAAUGGGACUGACUGUUGGUUGUCCACAACCUGUCUGGACCACAGGAGUGGUGGGAGGCUUUAGACAGACUGUUGGUUGGACCACAGGAGUGGUGGGAGGCUUGAGACUGACUGUUGGUUGGACCACAGGAGUGGUGGGAGGCUUGAGACUGACUGUUGGUUGGACCACAGGAGUGGUGGGAGGCUUUAGACUGACUGUUGGUUGGACCACAGGAGUGGUGGGAGGCUUGAGACCGACUGACAGUCCUGCUGUGUUUUUUUGUCGUAAAGACCAAUCAGAGUUUUGAAAACAAAACGACGAGCUAAACUUUGGAAGACCACUUGAACAACCAAUGGGCUGGGAGAUUGGAGACUAGGGGGGCGUGGUCUGAGCGAGCUGGAGAUGUGUGAUUCGCCGGUGCCGUCAAACACUAUUUAAUUUUUGUUCUUUUUGUAUUACAAACUUUAUGGAUUUAACAAGGAAACAAAACUUCCAUUUCGUUCUAAUGGCAUAUUUAAAACAGAUAUGAGAGAGAAACAACCCCUUCUUUUCUCUUGUCUCCCCAUCCUCUCCUCCCUCCAUCCCUUUUUUUAAUGAGACUGGCUCCAUGAUUUUUUUCAAGGAGUUGAGUCGGGCUUUACAUUGAAAUUGCUGCAUGUGUUGGUUAAAGUUAAAGCCUCUAUUUAAGCUUUUGAAUUUAUAACGUAAUCUGGAUUUUUAUUUCCUGGAGAAUGUAAUCCCUUUUCUUUCUUUUGUAGUUUUUAGUCGAGCGGCGGAGGAAAGGCAGACAUAAACAUUUAGCCGACUGAAGGGUGGGAGUGGGUGCUUAGCUGUCAGCCUGAAAUACAUGUUGACUGGUUGGCUGGUGACGGUGGCUUCCUUUUGAAUGAUCCGUAUUCAUAAAGCAAAAACCAUAAGCUGUCAUUCUUGUCCUGCCCACCGCUACAAUACUCUUUAACAUACGGACGGCAUCAGAUUCUGUAUUCAGAAGUGGAAGCGUUUGUGAGAGAUUGGGAGGAUAACUUGUUGCGAGACAGUGAUUUUGGCAGGUGGUGUUGGUGCACACCCCCCCGUCCCCCCCCCCCGUCCCGUCCCGUCCCCGUCCCCGGGCCUACGUCUUGGAUAGAAAGACUCCCUCGCUGUGGAGUUUAGAGAAGAUGGGGGGGGGGGGGGGGG